AUGUCUACCUCCAGCACCCCCACCGGGCCUGUCACCGUCCUCCAGUCUGUGGAAAAACAACGGAACUGCAUGACCACCAAGCUGCAGGUCACCGAUUCCCAUGCCCCAGGUCCUGGAAACACCACCACAGUCCAAGCUACGCUUCCAGAGUACCAUGUCUCUCCGCCUUGGCAACUGCUUUGGGACGAUUUGUGGCUCUUUGUCAGGCAUUCCAUACUCAUCCCAUUCAUUGUUGACCCCUUGUGGUAUCCUCGUCGCGAUGGGACACAGUACCCUUCUCUGAGCCAGGCAUGGCUGCCCAGGGGCGUUAAUUGGAACCUCAUCCAGAGGGCAGUCACGGCUUCUCAGAGUUGGUACCAAGCACUCGUCGAUCCUUUUUUCCCUUCUGGGGAGAUGGACGAGCUCUACCCAUCAGUGGGGAAUCUCAUCUCUCUCACGGCUCAUGGGAUCCUCAUCGUCGCGCAGGUCUCGUUCUUGGUUUCGAUCCCUUUCGUUGCCAGUCUCCCGUUCAACGUCGUAAUACCUUACAUUCUGGGAUUCAUCGCUCUCAACUAUUUUGUUUGCAUGCCGCUCAACGCUGGAACGAGUAAUGGAAUGCUCACAUCCCAGCACGACCGUUGGGAGGAGGCUAGGCACUGGGAUUCCCUCAGAAAUGACGACUAUCGAGAAAAGUGGAUUUUCCUCAAUGGAAUCUCUGUCGGUUCUCACUGGCUGCAAGGCAACCUCAACAGGCUGUCGAGGACCUUCCACCGCCCCAUUGUUGGCGUUCAUAACCCCACGGUCGGCAUUGUCUUCGACAUCAUCCAGUGCCUCUUGGAAAGGUGUUUCUACUUUGGCACUUCCGACACCAGAACCUGCUACGCCCUCAUUGCUGCUGCUUUGAGUCCUACAGAGAAAACUGAUAAGGUAGUCCUCAUACUUCAUUCCCAGGGCGGCCUCGAAGGCAGCAUCAUCCUCGAUUGGCUUCUUUCCAACUACCCUCGCGACACCUUGAAAAAGAUGGAGAUAUACACUUUCGGCAACGCAGCCAACCAUUUCAAUAACCCGAGGGUGAGUGGCGAGGAAGGCACUCUCGGCCACAUCGAACACUACGGCAAUUCUGGUGACUUCGUUGCCGCAUGGGGUGUCAACCACUUCAAGUCUCUCGUCGCCAAGGCGUCUCUGAAUCAAGAUCUAGAGAGAAAGGCACGAUCGUUCGACUUGGGAUACAUACUUGGCCGUGAUGAGAGACAGAACAACUUCUCUGGACUCCUAUUUAAGAAUGAGGUCAAAGGUCAUCUGCUCAACCAGCAUUACCUGGAUAGGAUUCUGCCUCUGAAUGUUUCCCUGACCGGCGUCGAGGAGGAGAGCAAGGGGAAGCCAAUGCCGGGCACUUUUAUGGACUCGCCCAUGCAGUCUGAUGAGGGAAGUCGCAAACUCGACCGCGAAGGUGCCAGAGUGUACCAGGAGAGCAGGCUUUGGCAGUACAUCAACGGUAGAUCGCCCCCGCUCAAGGUCAAGGCUUUGCCAGCAAACUUCCGGAGGAGGCCUAACGGCGAACGAACCCAAUGA